GACCGUGCCACUGGCCCCUCUGGAUAGGCAUCAGACAGCCCUUACCAUCGCCAACACCACGGUGCUCUUGGACCAGUAAAACAAACUACCACUGAGCCCAGUUUGACAUAGUCACUAUCUCCGAAACUGAACAAGAAACCGGUGAAGGCCGAAUUGUUAAAAACGGGUUACUCAAAGCGAAAAUUAUGUACAGAGUUAUUUCACGAAUUGUUACUAAAGUGUUCCACGUAAAGGAAUAAUACGUGCGACAAGUUGCUGUGAGUGCGUGUGUAUAUGUCAUACCUGUGAAGGAAAUUACUGAUACUUAAGAGGAUAUUAUACAUUGCAAAAUCUUAUCACGUGCUUGAAAGAAUUUAUAAAGAGGAGCUUAGAAAUUCGUAUGCGCACCUGCUAAAACUAAGAAUCAUUCAUCGUUUUACGACGGACUGGCCGAAGUCCGAACUCUUUGACUUGGUCGAUGUGUUGCCAUCCAUCAACUACUGCGACCACAAAUUUUGAACAGACGAAAAUGGAGCGGUCAACUUAGAAACGAUACCCAACAUUGCAUAAGGACGCUGGAGCGGCCCUCGAGAAAAACGCUCUAUAAUUAUGGUGCCCAUCUCAGCUGUGGUGGCUUUAGUCCUGUUUUUGGCCUUCGUUCAAUUAGCUGAUACAUACCCUUCAGGCGCUCCACCUAACACUUGCCUGACGCUUCUUCCGCACCACAGUGGAGAUCCUCAAUCCAAACCUUCACCUUACCGCAUUGAAGUAAACUCCAGGGGCAAUGAAGUUCAAAUCGACCUUGUAGGAAACGAGUCUUUUCGCGGUUUUCUCCUUAAUGCUCGUCUCGCUUCGGAUCAUCAAACAGUCGUUCCUGGCACUUUUUCGUCGUCACUAGAUCCUAACGCUAAAACUCUAGAUUGUCUCGGAGAGCGCGCUUCUGGACUUACGCACGCGGACUCUAAUGACAAGAGUGCCGUUCGUGCAGUGUGGACGCCUCCUGCAGGAUUCAGUGGCCGUGUCAUCUUUAUGGGUACGGUGGUGAAAACGUUUGACCAGUUCUGGUCAGACCUUAGGUCGUCUGAGGUUGCCGCGCAUGGAAGUGGAGCACCUCGACAGAGACCGCGAAUUCCAGACAGUGUAUACGACAAGUGCGGGCGAAGUGAGGGGUGCUUUGGUUUGCCUGUCAACUGCAUUGCUCAAAGAAAGUGUGAUGUUGUGCUUGGGUAUACGGAAGAACCCAGCUAUGGGUACUUUUUUCAAAUGAUAUCGCUCGCUGGCACGAAUAAGUACGUCGCUGCCGGACUUUCGUUUGACAAUUUGAUGGGAGAUGAUGCCGUUGUCGAGUGCAUUGACGUCAAUGGAAGUCUUGACAUUAGGGAAUCAUUGAACAAAAUCGUGGGCAAAAGGAAGGUCAAUGAGGUACAGCCGUUAUCGAACAUCCAGAAGAUCGCCCAAAGCUUGACUAAUGGUGUGCACAUAUGCCAGUGGAGAAGACCAUAUGUCAGCACAGUAAUGUCGCGCACGUAUGAUCUCAGAGAUCGCUUUUACGUGCUUCUUGCUGUUGGUAGCGUGCGAGACGACGGCGAAAAACGUCACCACGAUUCGGCAAUUGCCUCCUCAUCUGCCGUAGACUUUAGUGCGAUUCGAGUGGAGCGAGGUGAUAACGCACAUGUAUGGGUACAGGGCCACGCUACCCUCAUGAUCGUCGCGUGGCUGUUCACUGCGUCGUUGGGCAUGAUGCUUGCCAGACAUUACAAGAACGUUUGGGAAAACAAGAUGCCUUGUGGCGUUAAGAUGUGGUUUGCUUGCCAUCGUGUGUUCAUGGUGUUGACCUUGCUGCUGUCGUUGGCCGGAGUAGCGGUCAUGUUCUAUCGAUUCGGAAUCUUUACUCCAGAGACCGGAUGGCAUCCCAUCUUCGGACUCAUCUGCGUCGCUUUAUGCAUAUGUCAACCAAUCAUGGCGUUGUUUCGCUGCCAUCCUGGCACCAAACGUCGUCCACUCUUUAACUGGGUGCACUGGUUUGUUGGAAAUACGGCGCAGAUAACAGGAGUGGUGGCCAUUUUCCUGGUAGUGGACCUCCCCAAGGCCGAGCUUCAGAACGUGCACUGGUUCAUCUGGCUUAUAGUCGCUUUCGUCGUCUUCCACGUCCUUGUCCAUUUAAUCUUACAGAUACAUGGAUUCUCCGUUGACAAACGAGUAUCUACGGUGCCGGAUAUCCAGCUGCAGACUAUAGGCUUUAACAACACAACUGUGAUGUCAUCACCUGCAGCAUUGGUCGAAACCAAGAACUCCCCGGGCAGCGACUUCCAACGAUUCGUGCUUGGUAUCUACAUCAUCGGAUUACUUUUCAUUGCCGGCGCUAUGGUUGUCGUUAUAUGGCUAACAGGCUCCGAUCUUUUGUAAUUAUAUUAUAGCGAGGAUUACUCCCUCGUCAAUGUAUCUAACGCCCCCGCGACAGGACCUAAAUGCAACUUUUGUACUCCAACGAUGUGCCGCGCCAUUUUCAAACCACAAAUCAAAUAUGAUAUGAUAAUAUUAAUAAAUCCGUUGUGGUGCUCGAGACGCUUAGUCUGUAACUUAAAUGUUGUCCCAGAUUUUGUUACGAACUUGCCUCGCCCUGGUUCACCUUCCUCUCGUUAAACACUUUUAGUUCAAUUUAUUCAAGUAAUUAUUUCGUAUGAGCUAUGCAUACUCUCACGCAACCCUGUGAUUAGACAUACGUCUCCAAUCGAACGCUCUAAGAGUACAGAACAACUUCCAUAAUGAAAUAUGACUAAAUAAUAACAAAUAUAUAAUUCGAGAAUAACAUUAGUGCGGCCAAAAUCCUGGUCAGCGUUAGUAGCUUAUCUAAAUCCGACUAGAAUAUGCUCAAAAUGAAUUGUCUAACGGAUCUGCUUUAGCAUCAUAUUUUUUGUUAAUGAUAUUUAUUAGGACGAUUACUUGUUAAUUUCCAAAAAAUAAACAAACAGACAAAAAUUACAGCCUUCAUCGCUACAUACCACACAUUUAAGUUAGCUACUCUUCGGUCGAACUGAAACCACCUAACCUACUACGAACACAUUAAGGAUUGCUCUAUGUUAAUAAAAAAAAUCGUCUCGACUCUAGCUAGCUCAAGUAUGUAAUAAAUAUGCAAUUAGGUGACGUUAUCUUUCUUGUUGUCUCAUAUGCGUUGUAUAGUCCCAAACAGAAUAAUAUUACUAACAAAAAAAAACUAACAGCGUCGAGUAUUUUCACAGAGUUUUUGCAUAUGUCGCUGUUAUAGUUUAAUAACGUUAUAUUUCGUGACAACGAUUGUAUAGUUUUCCGUUACAAAAAUCAAAAUAUAAUUCCGUUACAAAAAAUAAAAUCAACACCGCAGUGAAUUUAUUUCGGGUCGAUUAUCCGGACAUUUGUUUCAGAGAAACAGAAAUGUACUCAAACUUUACAGACAAGAGAUCAACACAAAUA